AUAAACUUUCCUCGCCAGUCUCGUCCAGAUUGUUUGUACGUGCGGUGCAGUGUUUCGUCUGUCAUUUAUUGUUCGUCCAUAUAGAGAAUAUUUUUUUAAGCCUAGAACAUGUACGACAAGGAGAAACCCAUGGAACAGAUCAAAGAAGAAGUGACCACACCCCCCGGACCCACCAUGAUCCCCCCAGCCACACCAAGAAUCAAGCUAUUCAUCGGUCAAAUCCCUCGCACCAUGAGUGAAAUGGAUAUCAAACCCAUGUUUGACCAAUUUGGACCCAUUUUAGAAUUUAGCAUUUUAAAAGACAAAUUCACUGGGAUGCAUAAAGGAUGCGCCUUCCUUACCUACGUCCAUUCUGAGUCUGCAUUGUUGGCCCAAAAGACGCUCCAUGACCAACAAGUCUUACAAGGGAUGAACCGUCCACUCCAAGUGAAACCUGCAGACACGGGAUCCGAUCCGUUAAACGGUGGGGGCAGCGGUGGCGCAGGGACGAGUCGAGGGGAGGAUCGCAAAUUAUUUGUGGGAAUGUUAAGCAAGGCGCAGAAGGAGGAAGAUAUUCGUGGGAUUUUCGCACCUUUCGGAGCCAUUGAAGAAUGCACGAUCCUCAGGGGCACGGAUGGACAGUCCAAAGGUUGUGCCUUUGUGAAAUUUGCAAGCCACGCAGAAGCCCAGGGUGCAAUCAAUGGACUCCACGGAUCAACCACAAUGCCGGGAGCCAGCAGCAGCUUGGUCGUCAAAUUUGCAGACACCGAGAAAGAACGUCAGCUGAGACGGAUGCAACAAAUGGCUGCUACUUCGGGAAAUAUUAUGAUUCCGUAUGGAGGCGUGGUCCCGGUUAAUCCACUUUACGGAUAUUAUAGUCAACAACCGCACCCACAUCAUCAACAAGUCGUUGGAGGCAAUGGACAGCAGCAGAACUUUGCCGCUGCAUUGGCGGCAGCAGCUUUAGCGGCCUCGGCGACAACGUCACCCCCAUCGUCCACCCCUUCCCCCCACCACCACGCCCACCAUCAUCUCAACCAUCUCAACCAUCACCACUUGUCUCAACAGCAACAUUUGAGCAAUGGACUUACAGGGUACAUCCUCAACUCGUCCUCAACACAACAAACCCCUACGGGAACGUCCACCCCAAACUCGACAAACUCCCUUCUCAAUGGCAACUCUACCUCUUCACUUAAUUCGCCAACGGGUGGGGGCGUGGUCAAUGGAAAUCUCAUACAUCCAGAGUUGUAUAAUUAUGAUGCGAAUCUUCUCAUGAAUCCAACUGACAUGCCAUUUCUCUACAUGGAUGGCAGUGGGGGUGCGUCGUCUAAUCCACAUCUCGCCGCCGCUGCUGCUGCCGCUAUUCAAGCCGCCGCAGCAACGAAUGGGCUUGGAUUGAAUGGAAAUUCUGCAGCUGCCGCCGCCGCAGCAGCCGCGGCGAUGGGUCACCAGGGUGGAUUAUUAUCAGUUGGUGGGGGUGGUGGGUCUAAUGGGCAUCAUCCACACCAUCUAAAUGGACAUCACCAUCCACAUCAUCACCAUCAUCACGCUUAUCUUCAUCAUCAAAAUUCUGCAGCUUUGGCUGCCUUAGCCGCACAUCACAUUCCUCAUCAUCCGGUCAAUUUGUCGAUGGCUCUUCAUGGUUCAGCUGCUGCCACGUCCACGGGAAACACCACUAACGGCACCUCAACCAACCCACGCGAAGGUGGUGAAGGGUGUUCCGUAUCUGGGCCGGAGGGGUGUAAUUUAUUCAUCUAUCAUUUGCCGCAAGAAUUUGGUGAUACCGAGUUGAUGCAAAUGUUCCUCUCGUUCGGAAAUGUCAUUUCGUCCAAAGUUUUCAUCGACAGAGCAACAAAUCAAUCUAAAUGUUUUGGUUUUGUCUCAUUUGACAACCCCACAUCCGCCCAAGCUGCGAUUCAAUCAAUGAAUGGAUUUCAGAUCGGCAUGAAACGAUUAAAAGUCCAAUUAAAACGGCCAAAAGAUGCGUCCAGACCGUACUGAAUAUCAUCACCCCCAUAUUCUAAAUAAUUCCCCAUAAAUCAUCACACAAUCUCCAUAUAUUAGUAACGUUAAAGUAAGCAGAAAAAAAUUAAGUGUGGCCAAAAAGAAUUUUUCUAUACGAGUAUUCAUAUCAAAUGCCAAAAAACUUAAGAGAGAGUCGUCAAAUGUGUUUUGUGGGGGUGGUCGUUUUUGUAGUCACCAAAAUUAUAGAGCUUAAAAGAAGGAAAUUUAAAAGUAUUUUGUAAAUAUUUGAAAAGUAAAAUGAGCAAUUGCCAAAA